AAUUAGCAGACAAAUUCGAGAGGUGAUACUCGCCGUGUAACCGAGCAAUCGAACCGUUCAGGGCGAAAAUUGAACUCUCGAAGGACGCGGCAGUUAUUCGUGCUUCCUGCCUCCCUCUUCCUGUGCUAUAAACGCGCACAAUUAACCAACGCUCCAGCCUCAGUCGCCAUGGAGCGCCUGGCUGGUGUCGUCUUCCUCAUGAUUUUAACUGUCACGAUGGUUCAAGGCGCUCCAGAAGACUACAAUGAAUGCAGAAAUUUUGUUGAGAAAGGCUUGCCCGAUUGUUGCAAACGUCCAGAAGAGGGCAAAAAAGCAAGCGCAGAAACAGUGGCCAUAAAGAAAAAAUGUGAUCAAGCUGUGAUGGGAAAUAGGCAGAUGCCUGCUAAAUCAGAGGAUAGGAUGUCAAUAUACGAAUGUUUGGACGAAUGCUACUACAACGCAACCAAACAAUUCCUAGACGAUUUAAAACCAAAUGAAGAUGCGAUGAUUGAAGCCUUUCUAGAAGGCCUAGAAUCAUACCCACAAUGGAAGGAAACCGUUGUCAAAUCAGUGAAGAAUUGUGUAAAAUCAGAUUAUGUUUCAAGACUAAGGAAAGGAGCGAAAUGCAAGAGUGGUGUCUUGGAGCUAGAGACCUGUUUAGGAAAACAGAUGUAUCUGAAUUGUCCAGAAGAUGCUUGGCAAAGUAACAGACUAGAAUGCAGCAAUGCCAAGGAAAUCUACGUCAAGUGCACGCCUGAUAUUUAAACAUAUUUUCGAACAUAAAUAUAUAUUUUUUAUUAAUAACAUUCCUAAUUACUUCUAUG